AUGAACAACAAUUUCUGCCGAGCCCUGGUGGACCGGAGGCCCAUAGGGCCCCCCAGUUGCAUGCAGCUGGGUGUCAUGGCCCCUCCCCCGCAGGCGCCACGGCCCCCCGCCGAGCCCCUGAGCAACGCGCCCUUCCUGCUGUACCCAGGCGCGGCAGAGCCGCCCUACUACGACGCCUACGCGGGGGUGUUCCCCUACGUGCACUUUCCCGGCGCCUUCGGGGUCUACGACUACCCCUUCGAGCCCGCCUUCAUACAGAAGCGCAACGAGCGCGAGCGCCAGCGCGUCAAGUGCGUCAACGAGGGCUACGCGCGCCUCCGCGGCCACCUCCCGGGCGCCCUCGCCGAGAAGCGGCUGAGCAAGGUGGAGACGCUGCGCGCCGCCAUCCGCUACAUCAAGUACCUGCAGGGGCUGCUGAGCUCGGCCCCUGAAGGCGCGCCGCCCGCAGCCGCAGCGCUGCCGGACCACCCCGGCGACUGCCAGGCCCGGGCCCCCACCUCCCUAGCGCCCGAUCCGUCGGGGUCCUCCUCGCCUUGCUUCGAGUCAGAGGAAUCCAGUCAUUGA